CCGCGCGGUCACCUGCGCCGCCGGCGACUGCAGAGUCCGUUCCAGUGCAGUUAUCAGCGCCUCUAACUUUGGAACAGGAUGAUGUUGCUGAAGGUUUGAUCCUGGAAGAACCAGAGCAGGACGACCAGAAAGACAGGGACACGUCUUCCCCUAGAUCCGCAAAUCGGCAGCGAAAACGCGAAAUGAAGAGGCAAGUGCGGCGAGAAAAGCGUGCAAAGGUGAAAUACGAUGCACUUGAGAAAGUCUGCGACGUCUUCGGUUGGCAGGAAGUACUAGCUGGAGAAAGGACGAUUUUUACCGAACAAGCUGGGAUUAGAAUUAGUGGUCUCCAUGAGAGUAAUCUAGGAGCAAGUACGUCUCCAGGUCCUGCAGCAACCUACGUGGCUCGUGAGGAUGUAGAUUUGGCCUCCCUUCCGCCUGAAGUGCGCGAAGCAUGGAAAAUGAGGCAAAUCCAACAGCGUGAGCAAGCAAAACGAAAGGAGCCGGCUUCAGAAACGACCUUGAGAGCUUUACGAGACAAAAUCCUAGAGCGCUUUGGCUACGAACCAGCGGAAAGUGUUAGGCCCCGAAGGCUAGAAUAUGACUGUGGGGAAACAGCUCCCGGCAUCGAUAAUACUCCUGCUGAGAACAAGUCGCUGGAAUGCAGCAUCACAGUUGCACCUGCCAAAGAAGUCGAGUCUCACAUGCAGCAUAUGAAAGAGCAUAUACAGAUACCAACUCCUAUUACUUCCUCAAAUUCUCCUGCGAGUGCGGCGAGGGAAGUGGACCACAGCACUGUCACGACUCUAUACCCCUACCGUCCCUACGCCUUUUUGCCUGCAGAACUUCCCUCAGCCCGCUCGCUCCAGUUUGUCGACGAUUUCUUUCGCCGAGGACAACACUACGCGGCGAAGUUUUCGGCGCAGGAAGCCUCCUUACUCGAGCAGCUGCAUCGCCUGGAAUGCGAUGGGGACACGAUAGUCAUUGAUCUUGGAUGUGGCAAUGCGACUCUCGUUAUUUUAGCGCACUUAGUGUUUGGGAGUUACGCCGUCGGAAUCGAUCGUCGGACGCCUCACGCUAACUGUCAAGGCGAAAGAUAUUUCACUGAUUUCAAUCCACCCAUCGAUUUUUUGCGCAUAGAGGACUGCGUCUCUAGGUGGCAAGCGAUCUGGUCGAUGAUUGAAAGCGAGGUUGUGAGAAAACACUUUAUCAUGGGAAGAAGAGAUCAUGUUCAGAAAGCGAAACAGAUCAAGCUUGUUGUGCUCUGUAAGCAUUUGUGUGGUACAGGAACAGAUUACUGCAUUCAGUUCAUGGAGAAACUCUCGCAAAUCACGAAAGUCGAUGACACCGUAGACAUUACGCUCGCAGGUGCUGUUUUUGCAACCUGUUGCACGCAUAAGAUUAGCACUGACCCUUCUGGCACAGACUUGCGGUUUUUCGUAAAAUACUAUGGAGCCAGCACCACACACGGUACCAGUGCUGCAGUUUCGGAUUCUUGCGAAAAUCUCACACGAGCACACGAGGAUGAUAACUCGACUACAACAUCAUCUUCAAGCCUUCCUUCGCCAACUAGACGACCUGGUGCAAGCUCUGCCGACUUUCAGACACCCUUGCUGUCUUCGCACAUCCCGGAAUUCUCGCAAUUGUGCCGCUGGGCAGCCUGGCGCAAUACAGAGCAGAGCGCUGACUCAAAGCUGAGCGAGGAGCAUAUCAGAAUUGCGGAGAUUUGUGACGAUGUAGUGCAAGCGAUGCGCAUGAAAAAGCUGCGGUCCUUUUUCAGAACAGUGCGUCAGAUUACCUACGUUCCGACAUCCAAUAGUAUGCAAAAUCGGGCGAUCAUCUGCGAAACGCUGCCAGCGACUGCGGAGAAGGGAAAUCAAGACGAAAACGAUACUAGGAACAGGGAUGUAGUAGAAGAAGUACAUGAAACUACUGUGUGCUGCACACCAGUGUUAGAUCACAUCAAUAGUCGCCUGUCGCCUUGGCUUGCGGCUGGCUCAGAUCUUGCCUCGCCCUUUGACCUAGCCUCUUUUCAUGAGUUGUUGGAUGCGUGUGAGGCAAGACAUCGCCGCCACCUCCCAGUGACUUUGGCGGCACAUGAUUUGUACAACAAUGAUGAGUAAGCACAAGAUUUUUCCGCUUUAAGAAGAAAACUGACAUGUUCCUCCACAUCCUCUAUCAAUCUAUCAGUUAUCUUCUCACAGAAGUUAAGCUGUAGGAGUAAAAGCGCAACUGUGUUUAUUGCUGAAAAGUGCUUGUAUC